AUAAUCAAGCGCCAAAGCGAAGUGAGGCUCUCCCUCGAUUUUGAGAAUCCAGUCAACUAGGACAGCUUAUAAAGAAGCCUCGAUCCAAGUUGGCAAGCAAAAACCAUCCAUCUUCCCUUCAAAAACCAAAAAAAAAACCAAACAGAUUACAGAUUGUAAACUCUAAAACAAUAGAACGAUGCGGACUACAACGAACCCAGACGAGCUUCCCAAGGCAUCCCAUCCGCCCUCCACGAGCACCAUCGCCAUCAACGGACUAGCCCCACCCGAGUUCCCAUUCAAGAGACUCGGCUCACUCCCCAGCCUAUCCUAUGCGCUCGAAAACCUGAUCAUCUCCAUCGGCACCAUCAUCACUGCAUUUCUCGACUGCAUCCUCACGCUGUAUGUCUGGAUCCCACUAGGCCUGGCUCGGAGUCUGCUCCAGAACCUCAUCCAGCCAUUCCUUCGAGCGAUCAGCUCCCAACAACAACAGCCACAUGACUCCUCAUCAUCUGACCAACACCAUCAUCCGACAUUAAGUGCUAGUAGCUCUAAUCCAAGGGUGAUCAUUCUCUCGGGCGCAAGCUCAGGCAUCGGGGCCAGUCUAGUACAGACCUAUGCCGGCCCAAACACCAUCCUCGUCUUGUUGGCCAGGAACCCGGCCAGACUCAACCAGAUCGCAAAAGUCGCCAGGAAUGCCGGAUGCAGGGCAGUCGAAACUCACUCCAUCGAUUACUCCCACGACGACGCCGAGCAGGCUAUCAAGCUCGUCAUCACCAACGCCCAUCAGAAGUACGGCUCAAUCGACCUCCUCCUCAGCGUCACUGGCACCGUCACCUUCACCGACGACGAUCCUCUUGGGCCUCAACAAUGGGGCGAAAACACUGUGAAAAGAUUAAACAAAAUCAACGUCACUUCUACUUAUACGUUCAUCAUGACCGCUUGGGAGUUGAUGAAGAAACAACGAUCUGGAAAUAUAUGCAUCCUCUCGUCAUCGGUUGCGUUUCAGGGGCCGCCGCAAUUUGCGGUGUAUGCGGCGACGAAAGCGAACCUGCUCUCGUUUUCGCAAUCCUUGCGAGCUUUAUCGAGGCCCUAUGGGAUCCGAGUCAGCUGCAUCUGUCCGGGCUUUAUCGAGUCGGGGAUGACGGGGGACAUGCUAGCGGCCGGCUCAUCGAUGCCCAGCUUCGGCCUCGCCGACCCCUCUCAAAUGGCCCAGCGCAUCAAACUCGCCGUCGAUCAGGAUCAGCCCGGCGUCAUCUGGCCCAUCUCUCACGUCCUUCCCCUCGUCAUGGCUAGUCGCCUCAAUUGGCUUAAUGCUGAACUCGCGAGAUGGGUCGCUAGUAAAAUCGGUGUCACCGGUCAAAUGGUCUCCUGAAUUCUCUUCCAAAAGUUCUUUCAAUCAGUCGCUUUUGAUUGAUGUCUUCCCUUAUAUAACUGUAUCCUCAAUAACUCUUCUCUAUUGCUUUUCUCUAAAGUCUCUUCAAUCAAAUUAAACUCCAGUAAACUCUCAUGUUCUUACAAUCACAUAUUUUAUUGACUCACAUAUAAAAGCUGCCCUCUUACAACUGAUUCCAUUUUCAUUCAACAAACACUAGAUCU